CUGUCUUAUGCAGGCCAUGGAUGGGUCGAAAAUCGGCCGAUUUUCGGAUCGUUAGUGGGCUAAUUGUUCGGCCGUUUUUUUUUCGUGCUAUAAAUGUCAAAAAAAACUGUCAAAGAAAUAGCGGAGCUCUCUGCAGGGACACUUUUUGCCGUCUGUAGACGGGAUGAAAAUCGGCCGAUUUUUUUUACCGUUCCUGAAAAAUCGGCCGGUUUUCUCCCCAUCUAUGGCCUGCAUUAUAUAGGUAUUAGUUAAUAAAGAACACCUGUCCUAAUCAGCACUCCUGAAUCCUGAGGGUACACCU